GCUGGAUGUUAAAUGUUAAAUUUAAAGUGCCCUGUGUUAAUAUUUCAUGACUACAACAUGUUCCCAUGUGGUUUUUGUAAACAGUCUGUAGUCUCUUGCAGCACUGAGGCCUUCAUCACGGUAUCUGCAGUGUGGUCAGUCCUCGCAGCCAACCACAGACUCAGUUUCACAUUCUUCCACAGGAGCUGAUUUGAUUGAACACACCGCACAAAAGAAAGAUUUAUCACAGCCCACAUCCCAGCACUCCGUGUGCAUGCAGGCCCAUGUGUUGUGUCGGGGCUGCUGAACUUCCUCGUCCUGCAGAAGAAGAAGAAGAAGAAGAAGAAGAAGAAGAAGAAGAGGAAGAAGGAGGAUAGAGGCGUGACGUCGCUGCCCGCAGAGAGGCCCGUGCAGCAGCAGCGGGAGGAGGCAGGCAGGGACGCGCCGUGCGGGGACGGACGCUGCCGCUGCCGCAGAGCACACAGAGCAGACCAGGGCAGCAAACAACCGGCAACCCGCGGAAAACUUUGCAGACACGACACGCAGCCAUAAUGCGGCACCGCCCGCCGACCCGGGAGCUGAUGUGACUGUGCACAACCCAGAGCAGGGAGGAGGAAGCGGCGGACAGCACCACCACCUCUCCCCCGGUUGCCUCGCCUCGUCACGGUGUGUGCGCGGCAGGUCGCUCGGUCGGUCGCUGUGUCUGUCUGGAGUGAGAGAGAGAGAGGUGGGUGGAGGUGGAGGUGGAGGGGGGGGACAUGUCCUCGCUAACCGUGGAGGACGACCAGAAAUGGUUACCGACACACGUCCAGGUGACGGUGCUGAGAGGAAGGGGCUUACGGGGCAAGGGCAAGCACGGCACCAGCGACGUGUACACCAUCAUCCAGCUGGGGAAGGAGAAAUACUCGACCGGCGUGGCGGAGAAGACCACCGAGCCGGAGUGGAGGGAGGAGUGCUCGUUCGAGCUGCACCCCGGCGUGCUGGACACCGGCGGGCGGAGCGGCCACCCGGCCGGGAGCAACGAGCUCGUCCUCACCGUGAUGCACCGGGCGGUCAUGGGCAUGGACGUGUUCCUCGGACAGGCGGUGAUCCAGCUGGAUAAGCUGUUUCUGGAGAGCCGAUGCGCUAAAAACGAGUGGUACCGCCUCAACUCUAAGACGGGGAAGAAGGAGAAGGAGCGAGGAGACAUUCAAGUCACCAUCCAGUUCACCAGAAACAACCUGACGGCCAGCAUGUACGACCUCGUCAUGAAGGACAAGAGCGCCUCCACCUUCGUCAAGCUGAAAGAGCGCAUAAAGGGGAAGAGGAGAUCCAGCGACGAUGACGCCUCGUCCGCUGUCCUACCAGGUGGUUACGGGACCCUCUGCCGGAUGCGGCAGCGGCUGCCGAGCGACGGAGGCGGGGAGGAGGACUACGAGGACGACGAGGGGGGCGAGGCCCGGAGAAGCAAGAUGAGGACCUUCUUUCUUAGAGGGAAGCUGAGGAAGUCGUCGGACACACGCUCCAGCACGUCACUCGGCUCGGAGAGCAGCGAGUCGUCAUCGCGGGGCGGGAGCCUCAGCCCCACGGCCGGCAUCAGCGUGGUGGUCUCUGAUCUGUCCAACUCGCCCAGUAACAGCAGCAACCUGACAGCUGAUAACAGCCCAGUGCACACAGCCGACACGUCGCCCAAGUCUUCGUCUUCUCUCAAAUGUGAGUUUGGUGACGAUCCCGGCGAGAUCACCAUCGCAGUGCCUCUGCCCACUGUGUGCGUUAACGGAAGCCAUGCGUACGACGUCCAGCCGCUGGACCCAGGCUCAGGAAAACCUGCAGGAUCUUUAGGCCUGGGACUGUUGCAGAAGUCUUUGCCUCUCUCCAUGUCUCUACAGAACCUCAGCCCGCGGGCUAAAACAGACCUCCCCAAAGGCCCAGUGGGAGACGGGCGCCGCUGGUCUUUCGACAAGCCCGACGAGGAGGAGAAGGCAGCCAUAGCAGCGGCCCUGGAGCAGAGCGGCCCCAUGCUGGGUGAUGAAGAAGAAGAAGAAGAACGGUUUAGACAGGCUGCUCCACCUAAAGUCGCCUCCUCCGCCGUGGAGUCUGAAAGCCAGGGGAAAAAGCAGCGGAGGAACUUGUUCUCUCACGGGAGGAGUGAGUCGGCAGGGAAGGGGCAGAGUCAGUCCAGGGAUGAGUCUGAACAGACCCCCGCUGUCACUGACGAGAAACACAGGGGAUGGUUCGGAUCAAAGGACUCGCACAGCAAACCCAGCCUGGUGGUGUCACCUAAAGUAGUGCCCAGCACUGACCCCCACCCACCUCCCCUCCCACCUAGCCACCACCCCUCGGGUCCCCCUGUAGAUCCUCUGGUUUCUCCACUGCAUCACUCUAACCCUUUCAGCCCCUCACAGAGCACAUCACCUCCCAUCUCCCCCUGCAACCCUUUCUUCUCUCUCCUCCAGCACAACCCUUUCUAUGAAGACAUGCUUACCGCUCAGCCCCUAAAACCUUCGCUGCCUCCUCUGCCCUAUCUCUCCAGCUCCCGGCCCCCCAUAGCCACACUCUUUCCGCAGGCGAGUAACCCUAACACCACCCUGACUCUGAAGGGCUCCAUCACUGGUGGAGACGCGAGGAGCGGAGUGAUGGCUAAAGUUGAGAAACGACCUCUCCCUCCGACUCCCUCAGAAGGGGUGACACCUUUAAGCAGGAGGCCGUCCAACCCUUUUCUGUCCGUUGGGGAGCUGGAACCGGAUUCAGAGUGGGACGAGUCCUUUGAAGCUUUUGCAGCUGGCAGGCUGCAGUCUCCCGAGGAUCUGACCACAGAUUGCAAAACACAGCAAAACACACCCAGUGACGAUCCACUGGAACACUGCAGUAAUAAAGGAGCAUUACUCCCCGUAACAGAUGACACACUACAUCAUCAGCCUUACACAGAUUUUGGAUUCGAAGCGCAAAAAGCCAGCAGCCAGGUGACCAACACUAACAUGCAUCACUUUGACUCAUUUGCACAAUUUCUGGAGACAAUCCCAGAGCACACAAGCUUUGAAAGUGAAAACACAACUUACAGUACUUCUCCUAACUCAGCAGAACUGGCUGCUUGCACUGAGACUAAUCAAGCUAACAAUACUGCUAACACUAACGACACAAACAUGCAUCAAGCCUCACCCGUAAAGCUCAACAGCAGCUCUCCAGAUCCUGGUUCGUCAGGUCUGGGCAGUUCAGUGGAAGAGGACUUCCUCUCAUGUGUCUCCUCGUAUUCGGACAAAUUCUCUGCAUCUUCCUCCGAGGAAGCUGAGGUGCAGAACUUCGAAAGCCUCAACUUUGAGAAAUCCUCAGAGUCGACUGUGGUCAAGCCCCCAGAAUCUGAAGACGACAUCAUAGACAGGUUGAAGGAUCUGUGUUUAGUUGACGUAGACCGCCACAGGGAUGUUGAUGAAAAGGUAGAUCUAACUGUUCUGGAGCAGCCCUCGAUCACUGAGAGCCAGACACCAAAACUCUCAGAACUACAGCCUAAGUCAAACGUGUCUCUAGAGUCCGACAAUGAACAUCGAGAGAAAGAAACGGGUGAAUUUGACAGAUCUGAUGAUGUGAUGACCUCACACCCGUCUUUAGACAUCAGAACCUCGUCUCCGGAUGUGAGGCAGAGUUCAUCUGACAUCCACACCACUCCCUUAGGGGGGAAGGAUUCAAGUUCUCCGAUACCAUACGGGCUUGAUUUACUGAACACCAGUCGCACCGUGAACAGUCCCUGCCAUGGCUCCGAUGAUGUGCCAGAACUCUCAGAACUAGAACCAAAAUCAAUCGUCUCUUCAAAGUCUGACAAUGAACAUGGAGAGAAAGACAAAGGUGAAUCCAAUGGAUCAGAAGUCUUAAAUGAUUCCUCUGUAUCUGUAAGUAUUCCGACAGAUGUGAUGACUCCGGUUGAUGAACUCUGCUCCACACAGCCGUCAUUACACAUCAUAACGUCUUCUCCAGAGGUGAGGCAGUGUUCGUCGGACAUUGAGAGCAGUACUUUAGGAGGGAAGGAUGCAAGUUCUCCUUUAACAUUCGGGUUCGAUCUCCUCAACACCAGUUCCAUUGCGAGCAGUCCUAGCGAAGGCUUUGACGACACACUGUUGCACACUCGAGCAUCCGAUCUGAGCAGCAGCAGCUUUCUACAAAGCCUUUAUGUCAGCAUCGAUUCGGAGGACUACCAAACCUGUGUGUCUCACCCAGCCUCCGAAUUCUCCAUGGACUCGUAUCAGAACGAGACACUACACUCCGCAAACUCAACGCUCUGUGGCGAGCUGAGUGCGAUCCAGACGGCUGCUGAUGCUGCUUCAGACCAACAACUUUCAACAAAUGCAUGCAAGCAAUCUGUCGAAGAAGUCGACCAAACUGAUCCAGCUCAAGGUUCUGGCGCUGAGGACAGGACGGCAACUCUUCAGACAAGUUUCACGAUAGACGGUGACUUUGGUUUCCUUCCUGUGGCGUUGACGGACUCUCAACAGAAGAUCACCGAAGGAGGUAUAGACGAGUUCUCGAAUUGUCCUCAGGUACAAAGUGCUCCGCUACACCGCUCCCACUCUGAGGGCACCCUGACGCCCGCCCUAGACGAGAUCCUCCUGCCCUCCUUUGGGAGCGACCCCGGCGCCAUCCAGGAGUUCUCUUCAGCUGAUCCUUGCCCUGACCUCCCCUCUCUGACUUCCUUUGCUCCUUCCUUAACUCCUGACAGUAGUAGCUUCCCUGUAGCGCUCUGUCCUCUCUCUCCCCUUGCCAACGCUACGGCGAGGUCACCACCCAGCGUGGCGUGGGCCGCCGCGCCAAAACCAAUCGCUGAGGAGACCCAGCAGGAGCAGGCAGCCAAUCAGGAGAACAGCCCCCACCCAGUGAAGCCCCUGACCACUGCCAUGCUGGCUGACGAGAAGCGGACUGAGGGCCGGUCAGUGCUGGCCACCGGACUGGAGAAGCUCAAGUCCACCAUCAACCCGGGGAGGAGCAGCCAGCUCAGCGAGCAGGAGGCGGACAAGAAGAAGUGUCUGGUGACAGAAGGAGCCGGCUCGUACUACCACCUGAACCACAGUGAACUGGUCGCCCUGCUGGUGCAGCGGGAGGCGGAGCUUGAGAGGCAGAAGGCGGAGUUUGAGCGGCAGAAACUUUUGCUGGCCAAGCGGGAGGUGGAGCUGAAGAAGCUGAAGCCGCAGGUCAGAGAUCUGGAGGACUACAUUGACACGCUGCUGGUGCGCAUCAUGGAGCAGAAGCCCACUCUCCUGCAAGUGCGCACCAAGUUAAAGUGACGGCGGGGCGGCGAGGGUUUGCAGUCCAGUCCGCAUCUGUUCACUCUAACCUCCACAACAGCUCUUUAGUCUUUUCACUGCUAUGCUGUCCUUUUUGAUACAAAUAUUUAGGCACUGAGAGAUGUCGAGGCGAUGUUUUUUUUUUUUCCAGACGGCAUGCUGAAACGCGGCCCCUCGUUCGAAAAAAAGGGGGUUCGGUUCCGGGCGGUUCUGAAUGUAGUGGGUCCUCAGGUUGUUUUCAGGUUCACACAGCCAGUUGGUUUUACGUUGGCGGAGAAGCGAGCCCAGCAGGCGGGGCGGGGGGGAGUUCAAACACCCAGAUGCUUCCAUUUUGGAAUCCUGAUUGUAGAAAACAUAGAUUCCUCCUUUUCACCUCACUUGUCACUUCUAUCACCUUAUCACAGAAGAGAGAAAAUGGUAGCGUUUCAGUCCAUAACACUGUAUAUCUUCACUCUUCACACAGUUUAAAACAAAUAAACACUCCUGCAAGAGUGUCAGCUUUUACUGCAGGUAGGAGGAGAGCGAACAACGUGAGGGGGCACUCUGGUGGUUUUGCAUGUUUUAGCCCAUUAACUUCAAAAUGCGUAUACUUUAUAAUCUUUUUUUUUUUUUUGCCAUUUCUGUAGCGGACCAUCAGGUUCAGAUUGAUUUCAUACCUUCAGGGCAGCAUGAAGAUCAAAUCAAAGUUAACCUGCUCAAUAAUCUGUCACACCUGAACAUUUUAUUACCUUUGUAUUCAGUCAGUAGUUAUGGACUGAAGUUGAGAGCAGAGAAGAUAUUCGCUCUGAUGUCCAGAAAGUCUUGUGGUUAAAAGUUAUAUUGUAGGUCUGUACACACUAUCAGUGUUUAUGUUCUCAGUUAAUUUGGCAAUAAUUUUCUCUUCGAUUUGCCUGUUUUAUUGGACUAACAGUCCAAAAUACAACAUCAUCCACUUUACUAUAAUUUAAUUUAAGCCAAAGAAAAGCAGCAAAUCCUCAAAAUUUCGGAAGUUGGGAACAACAAAUGUUUUAAAAACUAGUCUAAGCAAUUAACAGAUUAUCCUAAAAGCUUGUUAAUAAAUUGUUGUAGUUAAAAUAUGCUGUCAGAAUCUCAAAGGAUGGUUAUAAAUCUGGUUGUCUCAGCAGCAGCAACAGACUGUUGGGCUUAAGGUUUUGUUGGCUAACAGUUUCCCCCUGUGUCUUAAUGCUAAUCGCCUUCUGGAUCCAGAUCCGUCCUUCUUCUUGUUCUUCUCAACACACUCCUGGCAAGAAAGGGAACAAGCGUAGUUCCCUUAAUUGGUUGAUUGAUUUCUUGUAUUUUCAGUGGCUGCUCAGAAGGAAAGAAAUACAUUGAAGUAUUCAAGUUUCCCUUUUGGAAAAAAGUGCGCAGUAUUUCAAAGUAAACACAGUAUUUGGUUAUUAAUCAGGUCACUUCAUGCAAAACCACCGACACGUUUCUUAUUCAGCGAUGUCCUCCUGCGACACCAGCUGACGUACGUGUUGUUCUGGACUGACACUCUACAAACGUUCCCUGACGAUGGCGAUAGUAUCGAGUGCUCGGGACUAGUUUUUUGGUUUUUUUUUUUAAACCAAACGAGCGGUGUGAGACUCGUCACGUGCACAUUUUUCCCGGGAACUGAUCGUAGCUCCUGAAUGUUCAAAAGUGUUCUUAGCCAGCAAGUGAAUGGGUUUAAUUUGUUCUACGCACGAUGAGUGCUGUUUCUCCUUUUUCUUUUUCGCUUGUUCCUUGCUUUUUUUUUUUUUUGUUUGUUUGUUUCUUUUUUCCUUGUAUUCCGUUCAGUGGGCAUGUCUUGAACUUACCCAUAAUGCUCAGCCUAAUAAGCUAACUGAUUCUCGUAUGGGUCACAGUGUUAUCAGGUGAAGACAGUAUCACUUAGUAUCAAGAUGAGCCACCACAGCUUCUCUGAUCUCAUGCUUUCUGCCGUCCAUCAACACGACGCCACUGUUGAGAAAAUGCCUGCGACAUGCCGGUACUUGACUCCCUCUUCCUCCCUCCCUUCCCCUCCUUACGGUUUAUGUGUCACAUCCGCUCCUGCUCAAGCACGCAUAUCGCUACUGCUUUCAGGUGUUACAAAGGGAUAUAUACCGCAUUUUACAGCAUAUAUGCCGUAUUGAAAUGCCAAAUGCUGCCUUAUUUUUGUUUUGUUUUGACGUUCCAUUAAAAAAAAAAAAAAUCUCGCACUUCCUUUCUUUUUUUACAUGCCGGGGCUUCGGGGGGGGGGGUGCAGGUUUUGAAAAAGCCAUCUGUUCACCAAAAGUUUGACCUCUUUUCAUGCUUUGUUAUCGUUUUUAGAUCACCGCACAAUAAUGAAAAAUUGUAUGCAUACCAAUAGAAAAAAUGAGCAGUAACUUCCUGUGAAAUGCCAAAAAAAAGCCUUGAAACUUAAUCUAUGGAGCAGAUCGAUUACACCAUAAAGUAUUUCAGAUAUGACGCCACUUUUAACAGCGUUUGUGGAUGUUCUUGCACUACUUAAUCGUCAGAACAUUACUGUACCUGUCUGUUGAUAUCUGGUAUAGUUAGAUCUACUUUACACCGUACUGCACUUUCUAACCGCUCUGUGAUUUAAGCACUCGGCCUACUUUGACACCACGACAUUUUUUUUCCAGUGAGCUUGACGCAUACGAAGACAUCCAAAAAAAAACAAAAAACAAGACGAAUAAACGUCUCGUCGUCUCAGUUUUUCUUCUGUGCGAUCUCAAUAUCAAGUGCGUAGAUGACCGUAGAGACAUACUCGAUGUGACUCGGCACUUAUGAAGCGCAAGAAUAAAUUAAAAAAAACGUCCUCCUCCAUGUCUUCCAUUUCUAUUUUUUUUGUUUAAUUUAAGUUUAAACUGAUUGUAUUUUGUCCUUGAUUGUGUAGCUGGUGGAAUGUGCUUAAAGGUUAGUAUGUAAGAUUGGAAAGUUUACAAUUCGUGAUGCAAUUCUGUUUCACAAAUUUUGUAUAUUUAAUAAAGAAUAUUUUGUGUUUCUUGCUCACCGUA